CGGGCUCCGGGGUUGGUCCGCUUCUGGGUCAUGGCGAUGAGGGGGCUCGCGCCCAGGGCUGGCGCCAGGCCCAGGGUAGAUCUGCAGUUUCUCCAGAGGUUCCUGCAGAUACAAAAGGUUUUGUUUCCCUCUUGCUCAUCACAGAAUGCCUUGAUGUUCCUGACCCUUUUGUUUGUGACCCUCCUGGAACAACUGGUGAUCUACCAGGUUGGCUUGAUCCCCAGUCAAUACUAUGGGGUCUUGGGAAACAAAGACUUGGAUGGGUUUAAGACCCUGACAUUCCUGGCUGUCGUGCUGAUCGUUCUCAACUCCAUGCUGAAGAGCUUUGACCAGUUCAUCUGCAACCUGCUGUAUGUGAGCUGGAGGAAGGACCUCACCGAGCAUCUCCACCACCUCUACUUCCGAGGCCGUGUGUACUACACCCUCAACGUGCUGCGGGAUGACGUGGAUAACCCGGACCAGCGCAUUAGCCAGGACGUGGAGCGCUUCUGCCGGCAGCUCAGCAGCAUGGCCAGCCAGCUGAUCAUCUCUCCCUUCACCCUCGGCUACUACACCUAUCAGUGCUUCCAAAGCACAGGCUGGCUCGGGCCCGUGAGCAUCUUCGGGUAUUUCAUCCUGGGAACCGUGGUGAACAAAAUGUUGAUGGGGCCCAUUGUGGCAAAGCUGGUGCAGCAAGAAAAGCUGGAGGGGGAUUUCAGGUUCAAGCAUAUGCAGAUCCGUGUGAAUGCUGAGCCUGCUGCUUUUUUUCAGAGCUGGGCAUGUGGAGCACAUGAGGACAGACCGCAGGCUGCAGAGACUCCUUCAGACCCAGAGGGAGCUGAUAUCCAAGGAGCUCUGGCUGUACAAGCACAGAAAUAUUCCAGGAUCUCACGCAAUAUGUCUUCUACAGUCGGUGUCAACAUGUUUGACUAUCUGGGCAGCAUCCUGAGUUACGUUGUGAUCGCAAUCCCCAUUUUCAGUGGUGUUUACGGAGACCUGAGCCCCACAGAGCUCAGCACCCUGGUCAGCAAGAAUGCCUUCGUGUGCAUUUACCUCAUCAGCUGCUUCACCCGGCUCAUCGACCUCUCCACCACUUUCUCGGAUGUGGCUGGUUACACACACAGGAUCGGGGAGCUUCAGGAGACCCUGUUGGACAUGUCCCUGAAGUCACAGGACAGUGAGAUCCUGGACGAGAGUGAGUGGGACUCACACAGGGCCCCAGGAUGGCCAGCAACAGAGUCAACAGACAUGGCUUUUCUCCUUGAGCGGGUCUACAUCUCUGCACCCUCCUCUAACAAACCCUUAAUCAAGGAUCUGAGCCUAAAGAUCUCAGAGGGGCAGAGCCUGCUCAUCACAGGCAACACAGGCACCGGCAAGACCUCCUUGCUCCGGGUUCUGGGUGGCCUCUGGGCAAGUACACGGGGCUCAGUGCAGAUGCUGAUGGACUUUGGACCCCAUGGGGUGCUGUUCCUGCCACAAAAGCCAUUCUUCACCGACGGCACCCUUCGGGAACAGGUGAUAUACCCCCUGAAGGAGAUCUACCCUGACUCAGGUUCUACUGAUGAUGAGAGGAUCAUGCGGUUCUUGGAGUUGGCAGGCCUGUCUGACUUGGUGGCAAGGACAGAGGGGCUGGACCACCUGGUCGAUUGGAACUGGUAUGAUGUUCUGUCCCCCGGAGAGAUGCAGAGGCUGUCUUUUGCCCGGCUCUUCUACCUGCAGCCUAAGUACGCAGUGCUUGAUGAAGCCACCAGUGCCCUGACCGAGGAGGUGGAGAGUGAGCUCUACCGCAUCGGCCAGCAGCUGGGCAUAACAUUUGUCAGCGUGGGACAUCGGCGCAGCCUCGAGAAGUUUCACUCCUUGGUUCUGAAACUCUGUGGAGAAGGAAGAUGGGAACUGACCAGAAUCAAAGUGGAGUGAAGCCAAGGAUGUGGCUGGCCACCGAAAGGAGAGCCAAGCUCGGGGCAGGUUGGCUGUCCCCAGGAGACACCCAAGGGCUCCAGGUUCACCUCACAGGUUCUUUGCAGGGAGCCCUGGCAGCAGUGGACUCACCUAGAGGUAGCCUCCAUGGGGUGCUCAGUCCUGCCAGGCCUCCUGCUACCUCAACCCGAGCGCCAUACGUUUGAAGUGCCAGUUAUUCACUUACAGAUUGCUUCAGAUUUGUUUUCUAAAGAAAAACCUGAAAGUGAUGGUUCUGUAAGAAAUGGUCAACAUGGAAAGAAUAUUGGACUUGGAGUCAAGAGACCCAGAAAUCUUUUUAAUUGGUUAAAUUUUGCAACAACAGAUUUUUAACUUGAAUCAGUUAUUUAGAUUUUAUAACUUCUUUUUUUAUAUAAAAGAUAAACAUUGAAAAUAUCUGCAGCUUUCUCCCUUUCUCUUUCUUCUCCAUUAUAAGAUGACCUUUUUAACUGAAUUUGCAGACGUGUAUUUGAGAGCCUACAGAGGGGAGCAGCACUCUCCACCAUACUGGCAUCUUCUGUUCCAGGUUUUUCACUUUAUUCCAUAUCACCCCUUUUCCAUUUGCCAGUUGUACCUGAGCCACUAACUUUUAGGGCACUUUCUGGUGGUUUUGGUUUUGUUUUCUAUGUCUUACUCCUCAAAAAAUAAGGUUGAGAUUUUUCAAAAAUAAUCUGUAUUGGGGAACAACCACCAGCUGAACAGACAAAACCCCAGAAUCACAAAAGCAUGAGGUGGACAAUUACUAACCCAAAGUCCUUAUUCUAAAACAGUAUUCUAUUUCCCAGAAUUCAGUUUCAGAUUAUCACCUUCCUGAUUUUUGCCAGAUCUCUGUACUUGUACUGUUAAUUACUUAAUAUUUUUAAAAUUAGCUCACUUUUAAAUUUGAAUGCA